GGGACUGUGUGAGCGGAGUGUUGUCGGUAGCGCCGGCGGAGGAGUCUCAUCAUGCCUCAACUAAACAGCGGCGGGGGGGACGAGCUCGGGGCUAACGACGAACUCAUCCGAUUUAAAGACGAGGGGGAGCAAGAAGAGAAGAGCCCCGGGGAGGGAUCCGCCGAGGGGGAUCUGGCCGACGUCAAAUCCUCGCUGGUUAAUGAGUCGGAGAAUCACAGCAGCGAUUCGGACUCGGAGGUCGAGAGGCGCCCCCCUCCAAGGGAAGCCUUUGAGAAGCAUAGGGAUUAUCUAACUGAAGCACUUCGGAGGCAACAGGAUGCAGCGUUCUUCAAGGGACCCCCUUAUGCUGGGUAUCCUUUCCUGAUGAUCCCAGAUCUUGGAGGGCAUUACUUGCCCAACGGUGCCCUUUCACCCAGCGCCCGAACGUACUUACAGAUGAAAUGGCCCCUACUGGAUUCCCCUAGUACGGCUGGUUUAAAAGAUGCCCGGUCGCCAUCCCCUGCCCACUUGUCCAACAAGGUUCCUGUGGUACAGCACCCACACCACAUGCACCCACUUACGCCUCUCAUCACCUAUAGCAACGAACACUUCUCUCCAGGAACCCCUCCUGGGCACCUCUCUCCAGAGAUAGACCCCAAGACUGGGAUCCCUCGUCCACCUCACCCAUCAGAGUUAUCUCCAUAUUACCCAUUAUCUCCAGGGGCAGUGGGACAGAUUCCUCACCCGCUUGGCUGGCUAGUGCCUCCGCAGGGUCAGCCAAUGUAUUCCAUCCCUCCUGGCGGAUUUAGGCACCCAUAUCCUGCACUGGCAAUGAAUGCAUCUAUGUCCAGUUUGGUGUCCAGCCGUUUUUCACCUCACAUGGUGCCACCGCCGCAUCACAGCCUUCAUACCUCGGGAAUCCCACACCCUGCCAUUGUUUCGCCCAUUGUGAAACAGGAGCCGUCCUCUGGGAACAUUAGUCCCAACCUACACACGAAGUCCAAUAUGAUAGUAAAGAAGGAAGAAGAGAAGAAGCCCCACAUUAAGAAGCCACUGAAUGCCUUCAUGCUGUACAUGAAAGAGAUGAGGGCUAAGGUAGUGGCAGAGUGUACGCUGAAAGAGAGUGCAGCUAUCAACCAGAUUCUAGGCCGCCGGUGGCAUUCCUUGUCUCGGGAAGAGCAGGCCAAGUACUAUGAGCUGGCACGAAAGGAGAGGCAACUUCAUUCUCAGCUGUACCCCUCUUGGUCUGCACGUGACAACUAUGGCAAAAGAAAGAAACGGAAGAGAGAAAAGCAGUCACCUGAGAUGGAAACCCACACCAAGACAAAGAAGAUGUGUGUUCAACACCUUCCAGCUGAUAAGUCCUGUGACAGUCCCGCCUCAUCCCAUGGCAGCAUGCUGGACUCACCAGCCACUCCGUCUGCUGCUCUGGCUUCUCCUGCAGCACCCGCUGCCACUCACUCUGAGCAAGCUCAGCCGCUCUCCCUCACCACCAAGCCUGAAGCUAGAGCACAGCUUUCUCUCAGUCACUCUGCUGCUUUCCUGGCUUCUAAAUCUCCUUCGUCCUCAAGUUUUUCAGGACACCUGUCUUCCCCUGUUGGCUCUCCGCUUCUCUCCAGACCAAUCCCACUGACCUCUUCCAUUUUGUCCCCAUCGGGUGUCUUCCCAUCCGCACUGCAAGCACUACCACUGCUGCAGGCACAGCCCCUUUCUCUGGUGACCAAAUCCAGUGACUGAUGAUGGAGAAUCCUAUAUACUUGGACAACCUGGGAUCGAUCAACUAAAAGCACUAGUGCUGUGUGGAUCUGGAUGUACAAUGCGCUGCACUAGUGUAUCAACUGUCUGCAGAUAUGGACUGCUAUCUGCAGUGGUGUAUAUGAUGUCAUACGUAUAUGAACUGUUACACUGCUUUUCAUUGU